CCGUUGUUUACGUUUGUUUUCCUAGGUGUCCAGUUUGACAAAUUUCGUUUAUACAUUAACAUUACAGCUCCAAAUGUUUAUUAAUAGUGGAAAAGCCUAUUUGGUGUGUGCAGCUCGCUUUACCGGCAGCGGCAUGCACAAUUUGAAGAGAUACACAGCCGUUCAACCCUUCCAUACGAGCUCUAUACUACAAAAUUAUGCCGCUGCUGCUGCACUUCCUCUCCCGAUCAACGUGAAUGCCGCUGAGACAACACGAUUCUCACCACAGCGCUCUCGGGAUAUCUCGUGCACUGUUAUGAAUGCACAGGCACCGAUCUCGACCAUUGACAUUACCACGGAUAACAGCUACAGCGGCAACCUGGCCAGUUCCACCCAACAGGAUCCCCAUGUCCAGUCGUAUGACUGCUUCGGCUCCAUCAGCCUCAAUUCGGUGAUGCAGAGCAAUGUGCCCACACCCUUUGGUGGCAUGCACAAGUUCUCGCAUCUCAACAUGCCUGGUGGUCAAUGGUCGCAGGAAUAUAAGUUUACAUCGCAGAACCUACAAAGCUCCCAUUACAGCGCUCUACGCGACAGCGCACGUGCUGAUUGGGGCACCUACGAUCAGAAUGUAAACUUUGGCGCUACCACAGGACGUCGCAGUUAUAGCACACACUCCGCGCCACCCACUUCCGAGUCCCCGGCGAGACCAGCAGCCAUAGAUGCCGCCCCAACGGAAGCCAAAUUGAGUAAAAAGGAUAAACUCAAGCAGGCAUUCAAGGAGUAUGGCACCACCAUAAUAGCUUUUCACGUAGGCAUCUCGUUGAUUUCCCUCGGAGGCUUCUAUUUAUUGGUGUCCAGUGGCAUAAAUUUGGUGCCCGUUCUGGAAUUCCUUGGCAUCACAUCAGCAGCGAUUGCGGAAAAGGUUGCCACUGGCAGCACCUUUGUGGUGGCCUAUGCCGUUCACAAAGUCUUUGCACCUGCCCGAAUAAGCAUUACGUUGGGCUCCACACCAUUUAUUGUCCGCUUUCUGCGCUCAAAGGGAUUCCUGAAGCCAAAACCUAAGAGCACCUAGUGCCAUACGAAAAUUACAUAUUUACAUCCACAAUAUCAUCAAUUAUACUUUAUCCCUGCAUGCAAUGUGAUCUUUAUUCGCAGAAUAAAUAAAUUCGAAAGAAAGAAAACCAAA